AUGAAGAAUUACAGAGAAGUGACUAACUCCCCCAUGGCGGCAGAGAACCGAGAUGAAAACGCACGUCCGUCUUUAGAUUCACUUGUAAAUGCCCUGGGUAGUGGUCAAGGCCUGGGACCAGUCUCCGUAGUAGCGGACAUCCGCAUGCGUAGACAGAAGGUGCAGGGCGGCCUCGGGGGACAGCUUCCGCGUCCGAGCGCUCAGCAGCCGGCAGCCACAGAGCCCAACCAAGCAGCGAACAGCAGCAUGUUGAGGGGUCGCAGCAGCGGAAGCCGCUCGCCACCUGCUCCAAUCGGAAGGCUUAGAGAGCGAUCGGCGGCGGCGAAGUCCCGGCGUCCCACAAACCUGCACGGCACUCCCAGUAUGGCGGAGUGUAUUAUAUCCCACAGGCAGGCAGCCCUGGAGAUCACUGCUCGCUACUGCGGCCGGGAGCUGGAGCAGUAUGGCCAGUGUGUGGCAGCCAAGCCGGAGUCAUGGCAGCGAGACUGUCACCACCUUAAGAUGAGCAUUGCCCAGUGCACAUCCGCCCACCCAAUCAUCCGUCAGAUCCGCCAGGCCUGUUUGGAGCCUUUCAAGGCCUUUGAGGAAUGUCUUCGACAGAAUGAAGCCGCCGUGGGCAACUGUGCGGAGCACGUGCGCCGAUUCCUGCAGUGUGCAGAGCAGGUGCAGCCGACACACAGACCCUCCACCUUGGAGGCACACCCACUUCCUGCCUCCUGA